AGAUGUAUAUUAAAAACUAUCUUUUCGUGUUGUGUUGUUUUAGUUUUCAAAUAGAAUAUGUGGAAUCGCUAAAAAUAGCAAUCAAACUAUUCGAGAAAGAUCCGAAUGAAGUUAACAUAUUGACUUCCUUAAUGAGAACGGGAGAUAUUCCUAAAUUUGUUUCCAAGACAACUAGAAUGUACCGUAUUCAAAACGAAGUUUGCAACAAAACUGAAAUAUUUCAAUUUUCGAUCGGAAAUAAAGUUGUCAGCUGUCCUCUUUACGAUGGGUUGGCUUUUCUUGACAAUAAUUCAACACAUAUUGUGCAAUGUCCAACAUAUUGUGAAGUUUGCAAGAAAAUGUUCAUUUGUUCGAAAAGAUCAUUGACAGGAAUCAUCUACACACCGGAUGGUCGCAAAAAAGAUUCAAUUGAUUUUCAAUAUGGUUUUCUUGAUCAACCUGUUGUUCGCGGCGUCGACUGGUCAAUUUUUGUUGUGUAUAUUUUCAUAUUUGCCUUAUGUGCAAAUAUUAUAACUUUUGCGUUUUCAGAUAAUUAAAUAAUAAAUAGUUUAUUCAA